AUGACCGAUAUACUCCGAGAACCUUCGAAAUGGAGCUUGUCAUUCAUCGUUUUACAGUCGAGUAUACUUCUUGCGACAUUUUUGGUUUUGAUAAUCGUCAAGCGUCGUUAUUUUUCUCCCAUUAGCCACAUUCCGGGCCCUUUUGUUGCGUCGUUCUCGAGGCUUUGGCAUCUGCGUAAAAUCCUUCAAGGUGACCAACAGGUAUCCAUCGCUAAAGAGCACGAGAAGCAUGGACCAUUCCUUCGAUUGGCUCAUAAUGAAGUUAGUGUUUGUCAUCCAGAUGUCGUCAAAGCGCUUCUCCUCACGCCACUCCACAAGAGCAACUGGUACAGAAUUUUUGUGCUCCCUGACUACCGCACAUCCUCACCGCUAGGAAUUAGAGAUCCGAAGGAAAAGGCGCAACUGAACAAGCACUUUCAGCCAGGUUUCCAGCAUCAACAUGUCAUUCGCUCUGAACCUCACAUGGACGAAGUGAUGACGACGUUUUUCUCUUGGUUAGACCGGCACAGUGCUGAUGGUACGCCUAUGAAGAUGGGUGAGUUUUUUUCGUAUGCUGCGUAUGAUGUGACCGGAGAAGUCACAUUUUCGAAGUCGUUCGGGUUUACCGAGAAGGGAGAAGACAUUGGUGGUGCCGUGGCGGUGAACGAAGCUAUGGAGCUCUUCUUCGUUGUCCUUGGUUACUUCAGAAAUUGGAGCUUACUUCUCUGUAACCCUUUGACUACAUGGCUCGAGAUUUUGCCACUUGGAUACAUGGGAUCCACGGCUAAGAAAGUCCUUGCGGAACGUCGAAAGACCCCGGAUGCGCGUUUCGAUAUUGCGGCCCAUUGGUUUCGUGCUUUGGACAAGGUCGGAGACAACGACAACACCUGGAAUGAGGACCGAAUUGUCGCCGCUGCUAUUUCCAACCUCGGAGCCGGCUCUGAUACUGUAUCUUGUGGAAUGCAGAGUUUCGUAUACCACUUGAUCAGGCAUUCUGAUGGCUGGCAGCGGAUUCGGGAAGAAAUUGGCGUCGCCCAGAGGAAUGGCGAGUGCCAAGACCCGAUUAUCACGUACAAUGAUGCUGCCAAGCUUCCGUACUUGCAAUGCGCUCUUAAGGAGGCUUUGCGUAUAUUUGCUCCGAUCCCGAUGGGUUUACCGAGAGUCGCGCCUAAGGGAGGUGUUCGAUUCGGUGAUAGCUUCUUUCCCGAGGGAACGAUCCUCUCCGUCAAUCCGUAUGUUAUACAAACCUCCAAGGCGCUCUGGGGUCCUGAUGCAGGGGAGUUCAAGCCUGAACGAUGGCUUGCUCCAGAUGCUGGGCGGUUGGAGAAGUUCUUUUGCCCAUGGGGUGCUGGUUGGUCUACAUGUCCAGGACAGCACAUUGCCAGAAUCCAGAUGUCCAAGAUGGCGGCGACACUGGUCAGAGAUUAUGAUGUCAAGCAAGUUGACCCGAAAGAAGAGUGGGAAUGGAUGGCCUACUUCACCAUUGUGCCGCACGGCUGGCCCGUGUAUGUGUCGAAGCGGCGCACGUAG